GCAGUUCUCGGUCGGUCCACGCCGCCACAUCAGGUCACUCGUGGUCUGGCUGGCACAUGCGGCAGUAGUCACCUUGUAACAGCCAACGGGCGUGCUUUCGUAGUGUUUCACUCUAGCCAAGCCGAGUAUAUCCUAGUGCCUGGUGCGAUCGUGCAAAUAUUGUUAAUUCUUAAGCCGGCACCAAAAGGGCCGAGUUGUGUGUUGAUUUCCGUGUGCGUGUUCACUGAAUGCCUGUGCUGGAGAUCGUAAAGAACGUUUGGUGUUUGUUCUAAACCCGCAACAGUGAGACGACAAAUACAGACCCCCCCUCAUCUCGGCGUGACGACGUGGUUCAAGGAAGAAAAAGAGCAACAAUGAAGUACACUAAAGCCACGACGAAAGCGGACGACUAUCGCUUCACCUUAUCCGACGAGCUGCGCCUUAUCGCACACGAGGAGUUGCGAGAAACUCAAGCCACCCGCGACCAUGCACUACAGAUGCUGCGCGAGUGGGCCGAGAAAAAUCCGCGAAUCAGUAAAAUACGGAUGGAUGCCAAUUUUUUCCUCAAAUUUCUUCGCGCCAAAAAGUUUCAAAUACCGGUCGUGCAGGAAAACAUCGAGCGGUAUGUGCUGUUGAGGAAUGCUUUCGAAGGUGCGUUCAAGAAUCUAGAUUGCAGGCAUCCGAAGAUGGCGAAACUGUUGGAUCUCGGCUACAUGUUCGCGCUGCCAGAACGCGAUCGUCUCGGACGCCGGGUGAUCUUCUAUCGGCCGGGUGUGUUCGAUUUGCGUGAGUUCACUAAUGCCGAUAUGCUCAAGAUUCAUGGCAUUUGCUACGAAACAUUGAUAGCGAACGAAGAAAAUCAGAUCCGUGGCUUCAUCCAUGCCGGCGUUGGAACAGGGAUUGGAUUGCAGUAUCUAUCGUUGUUCACAAUUAAGGAAGCAGUCAGAAUUGCCAAAAAUGGAGAGAAAAUCCUGCCGAUGCGUCACCGCGAAAUGUACGGUUGCAACAUCAAUCCCGCCAUGAAGAUUGCAGUCGAUUUCGGGAUGUCGCUCAUAUCGCAAAAGCUGCGCGAACGAAUUCGGCUCUAUACCGACAUCAAGGAUAUUGAGCUGGAGAAGCGUCUACUGCCCAAGGAGUACGGCGGUGAAAUGCCAAUGGCCGAAAUGAUCCGAUUGUGGAAGCAGGAAGUGGAAGCAUACCGAAGCCAGCUGCUGGCUGAUGACGAAAUGUCAGUGCACUUAAACAUGUACUCGGAUGCGGCGAAGGAAGGUUCUGUUGGAUCCCUGAAGGAACCGCUAAACGGAUGCACGGGAGCCGGUGAGAGUUCGACCUACGGAUUGGCGGGCAGUUUCCGAAAGCUUGAAGUCGAUUGAGAAGACGAAAUAGAAUAUGGUUUUGAGGACAGGUUCAGUUCAGAGUGGAGGGUUACGCAUACGAUAGGUUAGACCAAACUAUAAAGAUCGCAUUGCAUCGCUGAGCAGAUUGGGCUUGAUAUUCGUUUCAUCAAAUAAUUCCUUUGUAGUCCUGCUGUAAAAAUGGAUUCUCUCUUUUUAUUUUACAUUCGCUAGGGGACAUAUCAGGUAAACAGGUGUCUUGUGAAGUUUGCACAGCAAAACAGAUAACUUUCGGACUGUACUAGAUGUAGUUAUGCUAACUGAUAAUGAACUCUUUCCUUUUCCCGAACAUUCAAUGAUACUUCCUCUUCACCUAACUCAUUUACAUACAUCGUUCAAUAAUUGCGACAGAAAGACAGUAGUUUCAUGUUCACUUGGCCUGUUUAUGUGAUCACUGUAGAAUGUGCGUGGCCGAUGUUCGCACAACAUUGCACGCAUUUAGGUAAUCUUGCCACAUAAUCUUUAAGAUAGCAGGUUUAUUGCGCUACUCUAAUAAAUAGACCGUUUCCUAUACGCGCCGU